AUGGCGUUGUCGCCGCCCAUUGCGGGCAUGCCCACCGAGCUCAUCGUCUUCGUACUCGAGAACCUGGACAGGCUCCGAGACCUCUCAUCGCUUGCGCGGACCAACCGCAAGCUCCAUAGCACAGUCAACCCCCUACUCUACGAGCGAGCAGUGUCGCAGGGUGAUGCAUGGCCGUUGGCAUGGGCUGCACAUUGUGGGGUUGUUGGAACGCUAAGGAUGGCACUUGCUGCGGGCGCGGACCCCCAUCACCAAUUCAUGGACGGCCUGGCUAUCGACGAGUGGAAGAGAUCAAACACAGCUGCAAGGCAAGCCGAUGCCAAGGACGAGGAGAACGAGCUGUGGGAAACAGACAACGAGGGCGAGUCCAACCUUGAGUGGUCGCCCGAAGCGGAGACGGAGGAUAGCACACAUCCCACAACCAUCGACCUGUUCGACCCCCCGAACGACGCUGACCCCCCUGGAAUGUGGGUCCCUUUCUUCACCGACUCUGACCAAGAUUCCGAUAUCUCGAUGGACGAAGUGAUGGAGGAGGGGGAGUCUACCGAGUCUAGUGAUGCGGCCUCGUCGACUCUAGACGAGCAUGACCAUUCUCGAUUUUCGGACCCCUAUAUGCCUAGCGUGGUGCUCCGCCGUUUUAACCCGCUCCAUCUCGCCGCUAGAGGUGGCCAUAAUGACAUUAUAGAAGUCCUCCUUGACCAUGGCGCGCCCAUAAACUGCUUUUCCGAGUGUUUUUGCGAAUGCACGCGCCUGUACGGCUUGCUGAACGCCGCAGAGUGUCCUCAGACCGACGACUUUCCGCCUUCGUGGUCGGCUCUCCACGUUGCCAUUUGCCAUUCUCGUUCAGAUACCGCCAAACUCCUCUUGUCCCGCGGCGCCUCUUACAUGAUGGAACAGCCAACCGACUACGCCGAAACGCCAUAUCUUGAUCACAAUGCCACGGCGCUGCAUCACGCUGCUGCACAUGGCCUUGCUGAUCUCGUCGAGUAUUUGCUAGACAAGGGCAUACAGGCCGUCGUCGACGUGCGGGACGACAAGACUCUUACUCCAUUCUACCAUGCGUACGCUGGCCGUCGCUGGGACUCUACUGUCCCUCUCCUCCUGGAGCUUGGUGCGAACAUCAAUGUCGACACCAAGCUCUUCCUCCCUUAUUCGACCAUCACGCCGCUUGGCGAGGCGUGUCGAAUGGGCAAUUUUGAGGACGCGGACCGCUUAAUAGAUCUUGGCGCUGAUGUCACACGUGGAUAUGUUGCCACCAGCUCCGGCCGCGGUCUUUCUCCUCUUCACAUGAUCUCGAUGCCUUCGGCCCAACACGUCGGCGAUAUCGCGGUGCCGAGAGUAUUCGAAGAGGAAGGGGGAGGAGCCCGUCGAAUGAGAACCAUCGAAAAGCUUAUAGCGAAGGGUGCCGUGGUGAGCGCAAAAGACUGCAGCGGCGAUACUCCACUCAUUGCUGCCGCCCAGCACCAGAAUGUUCCGGCCCUCAAAGCGCUCAUCAAGGCUGGCGCCGAUAUACAACAACGCAAUGCGGUGGGCCGAAACGCCCUAAUGCAAGCGAUCAUGGGGCCGCCUAUGCCGGUGACCGGCGUUCAGUACAAGACGGAGGCACUGGGCCAGACGCUCCGGGAACUGCUCAAUGGCGGCGCUCGACUUGAAGAAAUAGACUCGGAAGGGAAUACGGUUCUUCAUCUCGUUUUUAAGAGGGGCGACAAGUUCCAUUUCCGCCAGGUAGAAGCUUUGCGACUCCUUCUGAACAAACCCGGCGCAUGCCUGCUAUUCCAAGCCAGGAACAUGGACAAGCAAACGCCGCUCCUGUUAGCUUUCAAGGCUCGGAAUCUUGAGGCAUGCGAAACACUCGUCCGCAGAGGAUGCCUGCGUGGAGCACUCGAACGUGAAGAACUGCUCAGCAUGUUUGAAGAGGCCAUCGUCAAUAUCGGGGAGCCGGAUUCGCUGGACUUUGUUCUCGACCUCGAUGUUGACGGACAUUUGACCUCGGACCCUUCAGUCUUCUCCACCUUGAUCACAAAGGGCGGCUUCUUUGCGCUUCAUGCGGCCAAGAUCAUUUCACAGCGGGGCCUUCCUCGCCUGUCUCCCGGCGAUACUACGCGCCUCCUAUCCAAAGCCAUUCGGCUGGGCGAGCUUUGUCUUGCUUACGCUCUUAUCGAUCAUGGGGCCGAUGUUAACGCCCAAAACGAGGACGGUCACACUCCUUUGGCUAUCCUGAUCAAGAACGUGUUUCUCCAGAGAAUGAUUUCAAUGAAGACGUCUGGGGCUCAUCAGUUUCUCCAGGCUCUACUAGACCGCGGCGCAGACCAUCACCUCCAGUUUGCCUCAGGUUCCCCGGAACGGAUAUUGAACAGAGUCAUCGCUCUCGAGUUGGAGGAUGCGCUCUCCAUGAUGCUGGAGAAGCGGCCCCUGUCCGGAGACGCUCAGGCAGCAAACGGCUUCUAUCUUCACGGAGCUGUGACCAUCGUGGCAGGCCAGCGGCCAUCGGCCUCGAGCGAGAAAAUCAUCGACAUUCUACUCUCUUCUGGCCCUGAUCUUGGCGAGGUCAAUAACGACGGGGACACCCCUUUAUACCAUCGCUUCAUCAAGGCGCUGGCGGGGCCAGAUGUCGAGAUCAAUCGGCAAAAUAAUGAAGGGCGGUCCAUUGCGGACUACCUCGAGGAGUUGAUGCUCCCAAGGGAUGGUGGCCCGGGCCAGACAACAUUUCUGACCCGACGGAUUCAACUGGUUGACGUUGAAGGUGGGAAGGCGCUCAAAUUCUUGCCACGCCCGCACAAGAGGGUCCGGCCGAGCAGCGUAUUUGGGGCCCGAUCAAGUACAGAAGAUGUUGCCAUUGGCACAUCUACCACUCUUGAAUCAGAAGCGGGAAAUCGCGUCUCCCGGCGGUCGGGGUCACAUACUGAUCCGAAGUGUCCGGUCCCGCCACUAGGUUCCACGGAAGAGAAGCCCUAUCUUUCCGCAGAGCCUGAUCCGAGCCGCGGACACGGCACGCUGAGCACCCAGUCUACUGUCCUCUUCACUCCAGCACAAGAUAGCUUUGACGCAAUUGAGCGAGGCCUCGGGGCAUUGAGGCACGAGAAGAAAGCCGAGGAUACCCGCCAGCGGCUAUUCUCCAUUUCAGGUCGUUCCCGCUGUCUGGGCAUCGUCAUUGCGGUCUCGGGAAUCUUUGGCUGGCCCGCGCUCCCCGUGCUGAGGAAAAACGCUGACGGGGCUGUGGUUCCGAUCUUUCAGCUCCCGUCCGAUUCAACGCACACUACUUGGAGGAUGUGCCGGAACUCGUCUAGAGGAUACGCAAAUGUCAACAUCAUCCAAGUUAUUGUUCAGCUCCCCUGCCACAGACAUCAAAUCGAAGGCUCUGACAACGACUCUGAGUAUCAGCAACACCAGCUUUGCAUUUUAGGGGACGCCAAAGCCGCGGCGAACUGCGAUGAAAUCGGGGUCCCAGGGAUCGGAGGACCUGAGAUUUUGUCAAGAAGAAGGCACAAGCUCGACAGGCUAGCCCGACCAGAAAUAUUGGGCAGGCCUCAAAUGCCUAUACGAUACGCGCAACAUUUGAAGGAAUAG